AUGCCUGUGAUGAAGGGCCUCCUUGCUCCACAAAAUACCUUCUUGGACACCAUUGCCAACCACUUUGAUGGAACUCACUGUAACUUUCUCCUGGGAAAUACUCAGGGGAGCUGUGGAUACCCCAUUGUCUACUGCUCCGAUGGCUUUUGUGAGUUAACCGGCUUUGUUCGAACAGAGGUGAUGCAGAAAACCUGCACGUGUCGUUUCCUUCACGGGGCUGAGACCAGUGAAAAUGUGAUUCAACAGGUAGACAAAGCCCUGGAAGGCCAGCAGGAAUACCAAGGAGAAGUCUGUUUUUAUAGGAAAAAUGGAAAUCAAUUCUGGUGCCUCCUGGAUAUUGUACCAAUUAAAAAUGAGAAAGGUGAGGUUGUGCUGUUCCUGUUAUCCUUGAAAGAUGUCAGCGAAUCACAUGGGAAAAAACAUCGCUGUACUCAAAGAGACGAGGCUGCUGACCAGAGAAGAAAAAGUGGACAAUCACACUUUUUUCAAAGUAGAGAGAGAGGGAGGACCAUUCUACACCACUUGAACAGGCUGUUCACCAAGAGGAACAAGAAGAAGUUGCCCAAUAGUGUGUUCCAGAAACCGUCCCUGCCCGAGUACAAGGUGGCAGCUGUGAAGAGGUCCCGCUUUAUCCUGCUGCACUACAGCAUGUUCAAGGCUCUGUGGGACUGGUUAAUCCUUCUGGCAACUUUCUAUGUCGCAGUCACAGUGCCUUACAACGUCUGCUUUGUCAGCCAUGAUGAGGGCGGUGACCAUCGGCCACUUGUCAGCCGCAGUACCAUAGGCAGUGACAUUGCUGUAGAGAUGCUCUUCAUUCUUGAUAUUCUCCUGAAUUUCCGUACCACCUUUGUGAGUCAGUCAGGUCAGGUGGUGUACGACACCCGAUCCAUCUGCCUCCAUUAUUGCACUACCUGGUUCUUUGUAGAUCUGAUUGCAGCACUCCCCUUUGACCUUCUCUAUGCUUUCAACAUUACAGUGACUUCAUUGGUGCACCUGCUGAAAACAAUCCGUCUGCUGCGCUUGCUGCGGCUGUUACAAAAACUGGAUCGAUAUUCUCAGUACAGCGCUGUAGUCCUGACCCUGCUCAUGUCUGUGUUUGCACUGCUUGCUCAUUGGAUGGCUUGUGUCUGGUAUAUCAUUGGACGCAAGGAGAUAGAAAGCGGUGACCCAGUAACCUGGGACAUAGGUUGGCUUCAGGAGCUGGGAAAACGUCUGGAGACGCCGUACAUCAACAGCACCGUGGGUGGUCCAUCCUUGCCUAGCGCCUACAUUGCUUCUCUCUAUUUCACCCUCAGCAGCCUCACAAGUGUCGGUUUUGGGAAUGUGUGCGCCAAUACAGAUGCAGAGAAAAUCUUCUCCAUCUGCAUUAUGCUGAUGGGAGCCCUGAUGCAUGCAGUAGUCUUUGGCAACGUGACUGCCAUCAUCCAGCGCAUGUACUCACGUCGCUCCCUCUACCACACCCGCAUGAAGGAUCUCAAGGACUUCAUCCGUGUGCAUCGGCUACCUCAACAGCUCAAGCAAAGGAUGUUGGAGUACUUUCAGGCCACCUGGUCUGUCAACAAUGGAAUCAACACCAAUGAGCUGUUACAUGACUUCCCAGAUGAACUGCGAGCUGACAUUACCAUGCAUCUGAACAAAGACAUACUGCAGCUGCCUGUGUUUGAGCGAGCCAGCAGAGGGUGUCUGCGCUCCCUCUCCCUCCACAUCAAAACUUCCUUCUGUGCACCAGGGGAAUAUCUUAUCCGCCAAGGAGAUGCCCUACAAGCUAAUUACUUUGUGUGCUCCGGUUCCCUGGAGGUUCUGAAAGAUGGCAUGGUCCUAGCGAUCCUGGGCAAAGGCGACCUCAUAGGGGCUGACCUACCAGAGCAUGACAAGGUGAUCAAGACCAAUGCAGAUGUGAAGGCACUGACAUACUGCGACUUGCAGUACAUCAGUGUCAGGGCUUUGAGGGAGGUCCUGGGGCUUUAUCCAGAGUAUAGCAGUCGGUUCAGCUUGGACAUCCACCACAAUCUCACCUACAACUUGAGAGAAGGCAGUGAAGCUGAUGGAGUAACACGGUUUCAGCUGACACCCAAGCAGUCUCAGUUUAUGGAUCAUAAACUACCCUAUAUCAUUCAGGGAGCUGAUGCAAAACAUACAGAUCACGUAAAAUACUCUCAGCACCAGAGACUGCCUCUACUACAGAGUAUGGGCAGCCCUGUCCAUCAACCCUGCCUCAGCGCGUUGCUAGGCGAGGAGCUCCGGCACAUCUGCGCACUGCAGCUCUGCCGAUCACCUGCUCAGGGAAGCAGGGGUUGUAGUCCUUCCCCACAACCUUUUUUCAGUGAGGAGCUCUCACCAUCUCCUUUACCCAGUCUUACCAGUGACCUAGACUUGAACCAUCGGCCUGCCAAACUCAUGCCAUCCGGUUCUUGUAUUAGUCCUCUGAACCUCAGCCCCAGGGUCGUGGAUGGAAUUGAGGAUAAUGAUCACACAUUUCAGUUUAAUAUGGAACAGAGCGAGGCAAAGGCUAAUGUUGCAGAUCGGUUACACAUCUGUAGCCUGUUUCUUGAAACAGAAGAAGUGAGACAGAGCGUCAGCAAACUAAGCAAAGAGGUAAACAACUUAAACCAAGAUGUUUCCAACCUUGCCAAGGAACUCCGUGACAUAAUACAUUUUCUGCAUUCUCAUAUGACAAUGCUCCACAAUAACUCUCCAGCUUCCACAAGUCCAUGUGGCACUCAGGUGCUCCCCAACCCAAGUGUGACAACUUCUAGCCACUGGCAACCGGAUGUCCCUUUAAAUAUCUCCACUGGGUUACCACCUGUUCAUGAAAUGAUUAGCCAUCCUGCUAGAAAUAUAUGGCACUCCAGUGGAAUACCCUCCCAGUGCACCAGUUCCGGCUUGCUGUACUCGUCAAGCACAAUACCAUCCUGUUCACACCUGGUCUGCUCUGACAGAGACACAACUCAGAGGCUUCAGUGCUUCUCUAGCCCUUUCCAAACACCCAGAACAUCUCCAGGCUCUCCUUACAUGACCUUCUCUCAUGCCCAUGGAGGUCCAUCGCUCCUGGGCAUCAGUUCUGCCUUCAGUGGCUACCCAUUAAGUUGUCAGGCCUCACACGUGGUUAGUAGUGCAAAAACCCACAAGAUAAGCAGCACCCACUCCUUAUGUUCUACAGUAAACUGUGGCUACUCCCAGCCACCCCUAAGUGUUCAAACCAACUCGGAUUCUUUACAUAAUCAGACCAAAUCCCAGACACCUAUACAUUUAUCCACCACUCCUUCAGCCCAACCACAGUAUCACACUGCCUUUAGCUCUUUGACGCCAUCAAGAGCCCACACUUUGAUGUACACAGGAUACGAGGACCAGCGAGGUACUGUCGAAGGCUCCAGACAGAAUGAUCCGGUAGGAUCCAGUCCUGUCCACCAAACACAGGACCUGGCAAAUUCUCUGAUGGAGCAAGUACCAAACAUGGACAGUAAAGCUUCGCUUUAUAAAGAGAGGACAGAGACCAUGGAGUCCACAGGAGACAGCAUUCUUGAUAUGAAAGAAAGGCCACACUGA